CAAGUUAGAAUAUUUCAAAUUGUGACAUUUACCAAACAUCAUUUUUGAUUCAUAUGUUUUCAGUGGUUAGCGAACCACUCUAAUCAAAAUUCCCACCAAAUAUAUCUCUUGAUAAACACUUUACUUAUACAACAGUCAUUGAUAGUUUUUCAUAACUGGCCGGCCAGUGAUAACUCCAAUUUCGACCAUGGCCAAAGUAGAAGCAAAGAAGGAAACGAUCAGCAUUGCAGUUUAUAAAGCUAAUUUACAUUGCCCAAAAUGUGCUCAUGAUAUCAAAAAGCCUCUUUUGAGAACUCCAGGAGUCCACAAAGUGGAUAUUAAGCAUGAAAAAGGUGAAAUUACGGUAGAGGGCACUAUCGAGGUGAAAAAAAUUCAUGAAAAAUUACAAAAAUGGAGUAGAAAAAAGGUUGAGAUUCUAUCACAAGACAAGAAAGUGAUAGUGGAGAAGAAGGAAACAAAAAAAGAAACUAUAAAGACGACCAAAAUAAAAGCAUAUAUGCACUGCGAAAAAUGCGAGUAUGAUCUUCGAUCCAAGCUACUGAAACACAAAGGUAUACAUAAUGUCAAAACUGACAUAAAGUCGCAGACCGUUGUGAUAGAAGGAACCAUCGAGGCCGAAAAGAUUGUGACCUACAUGCAAAAGAGGGCACGGAAACACGCGGAAAUCAUACCCGGCCCUUCUUCAAAAGAUGAGAAGGUUGAGAAGAAGGGGGAAACAAAAGAGAAAGUGAUUGUUGAUGUAACUACUACAAAGAUUGUAGAAUUUGAACAGAAAAAUAAAGUAGAAGCAAAAGGUACGGAUGGUGAGGCUCCGUAUUUUGUUCACUAUGUAUACGCCCCUCAGUUGUUUAGUGAUGAAAAUCCUAAUGCCUGUUUAAUAAUGUAGACUAGCUAGAAAACAUUAUUUAUUAAUUGACUUAAUUAAUUAAGAGCAUGUAUUUUAGCUCAUCAUGAGCUAGACCGUCUUAAUUUGUAAUGUAAGUAUAUGUUUAUUUA